AUGGCACCGGCAGCUAUAGAGAUAGGUCCUGCAAGUGGUCCGCGAAGUGAGCUCAAGCCGGAGGGACAAGCAACGACCAACGGCAAUACGAAUCGGACGCCACCCAGUCUGCAGCACGAGGAGUAUCAAUACCUGAACCUCAUCCGGGAGAUCUUGGACAAUGGCGAGCACAGGCCUGAUCGGACUGGCACUGGAACGAAGUCGAUACCGUUUCCGCCACAGCAUAGGUAUUCUCUGUCACGCCCAGACGGCACGCUUACUUUACCUCUUCUGACCACGAAGCGUGUCUUCCUCCGUGCUGUCAUCGCUGAGCUGCUUUGGUUCGUAAGCGGUGACACUAAUGCCAAGACUCUCCAAGACCAGGACGUCCGUAUCUGGGAUGGCAACGCGAGCCGAGAGUACCUGGACUCCGUCGGUCUUACGCACCGUGAGGAAGGCGACCUAGGGCCCGUCUAUGGCUUCCAAUGGCGGCAUUUUGGAGCCGAGUAUCGGGACUGCCAUGCAGAUUACUCCGGCCAGGGCGUUGAUCAACUCGCUGAGGUGAUCUAUAAGCUCAAGAACAACCCUUUCGACCGACGGAUUAUCCUCUCCGCGUGGAACCCGGCCGAUCUGAAGAAAAUGGCAUUGCCACCCUGCCACAUGUUUGCGCAGUUCUAUGUCUCCUUCCCAUCUAGCUCACCUACGCGGAAAGACAGUAGCAAGCGUGGCACACUCCAUGCGCUGCUCUACCAACGGUCGAACGACAUGGGUCUUGGCGUGCCUUUCAACAUUGCUUCAUCACGAGGAAGCCCUCAGACUGCAGCUUACGAGAGUACCGAGAGACUUUCCCACGCUGGAGGUUGCUCGUGA